AUGCGGCGGAGCACCCCCGGGGAGUCCCGAGGAGUAACAAGCCCUGGGGGUUACCAGCGGUGGUGCCGCCCCGCCCGGGGCGCGCUGUCAAUGCCACCACCCGCUCGUCGGGACGGCGUGGCCGUCCCUGGGAGCCCGGGGCGGGAGCGCAGCGAGAGCCUGGCCAGCUGGAGCCGGUGGCUGGAAAAUUGUCAUCGCCUGGGAGGCGCGGGAGCCCCGGGAGAGGCAAGCCGCCUCUCCUCCCUUCGAGAACGACCUUCUUUUCUGUUCUGGAAGAACCCAGCCUCUCUCCCCAACACCCUGGCUGUCAGCUGCUCACCAAGGCUGUGCCCCCUGUCCUUUGGCGAAGGUGUGGAGUUUGACCCCCUACCACCAACGGAAGUCAGGUACACUUCCUCAGUCAAGUAUGACUCAGAGCGACACUUCAUUGAUGAUGUGCAGCUGCCACUGGGCCUGGCAGUGGCCUCCUGCAGCCAGACAGUCACCUGCAUCCCCAAUUGCACAUGGCGCAACUACAAGGCUGAGGUGCGCUUUGAGCCCCGCCACAAGCCCACACGCUUCCUCAGCACCACCAUUGUCUACCCGAAGUACCCCAAGACCGUCUACACCACCACCCUGGAUUACAACUGCCACAAGAAGCUGAGGAGAUUCCUGUCCAGCGUGGAGCUGGAGGCCACAGAGUUCCUGGGCAGCGAUUGCCUCUCGGAUGAAUGCUGACUCAGAAGGAUGGCUUGGGGUUGAGCCAGCUUCUCCGCUGCCUUGGUCCCCAGACCACCCUGGGCAAGUUGGGCGAUGUUGCCCUUGCAUAUCAUUCCAGCCCCAGAGUCGGACCUGGGGAUACCUCUAAGCCCAGCCUGGGGGAAAAAAAAAUCACUGCAUCUUGCAAUUAUUGAGAUACUUGGUUUUGUUUUUUUUUAAUUUUCAAAUUAUCUUUAAAAGGAAUAUAUUUCCUGGUUUGCUGCUUUAAAAGGAGUAUAUUUCCAGAGUUUUCCGAAAGUCUCGAUUUGAUGAGGAAAAAAAAAAAAAAAAAACGAGAGCAAAAGAAAAUGGCAAGAGUUUGAACCAGGGAGGUUGGAGGACUGCUCUUCCUCCACUGUCAGUGUGUCUGAAAAAAGAGCUUGGAAAAGUCCCUGGGAUGGAAAAAGUGAGCUUUAAGACCUUCCAGCCAUAGGUGUCUUCCCUGCUACUAAAGUGUAGCUGUUUCAGUAGGUCGUGGUGCCCAUAUGUGUUCAAUCUGGGGAGAGCUGAGUUUCAUUCCAUUCUUUAUUUCCACUUCCAUUUUUAUUUCCUGUUAACCCAAACUUUUGGAAUUCUCUCCAUCUUUUUUUUUAAUGAUAUGGAAAAACCCCAAACCAAAAUAAGAGAUGCCUUAAAAAUAAAACCCACUUCUCUGCCUUCUCUCCUGUUUCAGAAGGUCAGGUGGAAAGAUGGCCCAGUUUGGGGGCAGUGGUUUCCGUCGGUUCCCUGCAGGUGGGUUGCGGGCACAGGCUCUGGCGACAUCCUUGCACACUUGGCAUCUGGUUCACAUCUUGUGUAACUCUCCGGAUAGGUACUGUGGGGUUUCAAAACGACUUUCCCGUUUUUUCAUAAAGGAAAAUAUAGCAGAGGGCUCUUCUGAGAGAGAUGGCAUUUUAAAAGAAUGCUUUGGAAAACAUUUUGGGGACUCCAGGAGGGAGGUUUCCACUCAGGACUGACAUGCCUAAGACCCACUGCCACCAGGAAGAGACAGAUGUAGAUGUUUCUGGUGAUCCAGUUCAUCAUGACUAUCUCAAUGGACUCAAGCUGAGGACUUUGGUGGUGUCAAAGUCGCAGAGAAAGUGGGUCUAAUGAAAAAAAAAAAACAAGGAAUCUUGCUUAACAUCCUCUGAGGUUAUGCUUUGGUGGAUUUAGUGUAAGGAAUCAUGUCACAACUCUGACUUUACUGCCCGGCUACUGUAGCCAAAGUGGACAUUUCUUUCCUGCCACUGUAUAAAGGGAAGUGACUACCGUGGGGUUAAGUGUGAACUGAAGAUGUUCCAAAGGCAACCUCAAGAGCUCAGCGGAGCCGCUGCAGCAGGGAUGGUGCUGGGUGGGGCAGAGGUGGCACCAGGCUGCCCUUCCUCACUGGGCUCUCACCACCACCCCACCACUCCCAGCUCCAGCCCCAGCCCCAGAUUCUUAGAAUCUCCUGCCAGUCUCUGCAGGGCUGGAUUGUAGAAAGUGGCAGAUGGACUUUCUUCCCCUAAUAUUGGAAAAAACAAACCAUACAUAUUUCCUUUGAAUACAUCCAAAUUAUGUCAAGUGCCCCAGGGUUACAGCGCUCUGUGGUUUCUGCCUCCUACUGUAUCUCCAGGUUUUUAUAAAUGGCAUCCUUGUGUCCUAAAAGCAAAAAUUGAGAACUCUCUGGGAACCCUGGAGCCCCAGCAGGGAGUUUUGUUAUGAUGAAAGCAGGUGCCAUGAUAAUUGCUCUCAUUUAAAGGACAGGAGCCCUCUUGGAGCCAUUGCAUCUGGCGUCCUCUGCAGAGACAAUGUCUGGUCUCUUAUGCUCCUAACAAAUGGGACACAACCCCAGAUGGAACUUCAGUCAGCUUCAUGGUCCCAAGUUUGCCAGGGAGCACCCCAGCUGGGAUCCAGUGAGGAGUGUCACUCUGGGACCCCAUGGUCUCUUCCACUGUGUACAGAGCAACAAAUUACCACCUGCCUUGGAAGAGCAAAUUCCACCAAUUUAUUGGUAAAAAUGGAUUUUCUAUUUGAUUUCUUAGUGUUGAUAAAUAGUAAGUGUGAUUUUUGAAUUAUGCUAGGAAAAUUCCCAGAGCUUUGGGAGACACUUGGAUGAGCUCUGAGGAACGCUGUGGGCAGGGCGACAGGGGACAGAAUGUAGAAGAAUGUGGCCUCUGAGGUUUUUUGAGGGGUGCCCUCCUGAGAUUUUUUUUUUCAUCUUAGGGGAUCGUGUGGAGUUCAGGCAAGUCACUCUAGGUGUGGAAAGAACCUGAACCUUACCAGUCAAGUAAGUCGAAGUGAGCGAUGGUGGACGUGUAAGGCGCGUGGGCAGGCGGGGUUUAUUUUGUUAAGUUAUUCACUAGGGAACCAGCUGGGGUUCUUUCUAAACCCUUUUCUCCCCCUUCCAAACCUGCUUUGCUGACUGUUGCAGAAACGGAAGCAUAAGGAGACACCCUGGAACUCUCCUGUGCAGAUGAAAUGCCACCAGCCCGUGGUGGAGUCAUGUUAGUUUUCAGGGCGGAAGUGGUGAUUUUUAAACUCAGUGAUUAAAAGCAAACAUUCCUAAGUGUGCCUGAGAGAUACCGUUUGUUAAUUAAAAAAGCUUUUCGCUCAGUCUCCUAAAUUAGGGCUUUCAUGUAAUAGGAUGAUUUGUAUUUUCAGAGGAAACUAGUUUUGCUUUCAAAGUACAGACUUUUAGAAAGACUGAACUUGAACAAGUAUCUUCCCACUUGACAUUUUUCCUAUUUCUAACCUUAGGAAAUCCAGAACAGUGUUGAACAAAACUGUGUUUUAGAUUUAUGUCACCUCUGUCCCGUUCCAUUUUGCUUUGUGAUUUCUCCAUUCAACAAUAAAUUAUCUAAAAAAUAAAA